AUGCAUCAGAGGUCGUGGACAGAUCUUCCGUCGCCACGAGGCGCCUCGGUUCAGGGGCAGGCGGGAGAUCGGGCAGGACAGCGCAGGAGUAAGCAAUGGCUGGUGUGCCCUGGCACUCUCAGCUUCUGGGCGGUGCAAAGAUGGUCAACCAUCGUCCACUCGCAACACAGGAAGAAGGUGUUGCUUUUUUCUACAGGAGUCGGCGUCGGCCCCCCCGCAGCAAGGCGUCUGUGGGCCCCCGGAAAAUCGCUGGCUUGGUGCGGUGGGCUGUUUCAAAACCAGCGAAUUGGUGGACAGACGCCAGCAAGACUAGGCGGUGUUGGGUUAAGCGCUCGGCAGAUGACCCUCCGCGGCCUGUCGAGGUGA